CACAAAUAUACAAUAACAGAAGAGAAACAAUGAAAUGGAGCACUACUCCUCAUCAUGUAUCUUUAUUUUUGUUUAAUAAAGAAAUCCAAGCGAAUCUCCAAGUACAUACCAUUACAACCGAUCCUUUAAAUUGUGAAAUCCGAUUAAGGAUUCCAACAUGCG